CUCCUUACGUUUCCGGAUCCGCCAACGCCGCGACGGCCUCGUUGUUCCUGUAGUGGCGGCGGCCUACUUCACCUCUGCACUAUGUCCGGUAGCCUCCUAAAGGCCCUGCGCAGCGACUCCUACGUGGAGCUGAGCCAGUACCGAGACCAGCACUUCCGGGGUGAUAAUGAAGAACAGGAAAAAUUACUGAAAAAAAGCUGUACAUUGUAUGUUGGAAAUCUUUCAUUUUACACAACUGAAGAACAAAUCUAUGAACUCUUCAGUAAAAGUGGUGACAUAAAGAAAAUCAUUAUGGGCCUGGAUAAAAUGAAGAAAACAGCAUGUGGGUUCUGCUUUGUGGAAUACUAUUCAAGAGCAGAUGCAGAAAAUGCCAUGCGGUACAUAAAUGGAACUCGUCUGGAUGACCGAAUCAUUCGCACAGACUGGGACGCAGGCUUUAAGGAGGGCAGACAGUAUGGCCGUGGGCGAUCAGGGGGCCAGGUACGAGAUGAGUAUCGGCAGGAUUAUGAUGCUGGGAGAGGUGGCUAUGGAAAAUUGGCCCAAAACCAGUGAGUGGUGAGAGCCCCAUCAUGAAAACACACUCCUUUGGUCUGCUGAAUUUGACAUGCAUUACCCAAGGUCUGCAAACCUGCCUGUUUUUAUCAAGCUUUAAUCAGUGUCUCUACUGAGUUGGAAGCCUCUUCAUGGUUUUCCUCUAUUAAAGGACAGAAUCCAAAAGAAUGCCUUUAAUUCUGUAGUCUUAGAAUCUUGACUUAUGUGUCAGGUUACCAGAUCAAAAAUUAUGUUCCUUGGCAACCGAUUAAAGUUGAUCUUCAUCAGCCAAAAACACCACACUUCUUUAAGGAAGACAGGAAACAAUUUUAAAUUUAUUUACCAUGUUUGUGUCUAAGUAGGUUCAUGGUCUGCAUUAACACCUGAAAUUAUUUGAGAAAUUUUAAUAAAUGGAGUGGUGUUAUGUUCUA